UCUAAGGUAUGAUAAAGGUAGCAAGAAUGUGACACACAAUGUGUACACACUGUACCUCUCAAAAUCACUCUCCUAACCCUGUAAUGCAGCAUGUUAUCAAAAUCAAUACACAGUUUCAACGAAAUCACGUGUAUAGCCUUUUACUGAGAACACAUUUCAAAUAUAGAUACUGUAUACCCAAAUAUACACGUCAGCACGGAAUAUAAAAGAAAAGCCACCCAGCAUUGAAAGAUAAAUGCCUUGAAUAUUCAUGGAAUAUCAUUAAAAAAAGAUAAUGGCUGUUUCUCUUUACGCUUCGACGGAAGAAACAACCAACAGAAACAGAGUCUGUCGUCUGAUUCUGGGGCCAUGUACUCACCAACUUCAAGACCAAAACCGAGUAGCGCCUCAUAACUUUUCCUUUACGAUAAAAAUGUGCAUCAAAAACCUACCUCGUCUAACGGUUGCCCAGAGAAAUAUUAUUUUACCGAGUACGGGAACUUACACAGGGAAUUACACAGAUUUUGAUAUCUCUUUAUUGUACAUUCUUCUUCGGAAAAUUUCAUCGAUUCCACCACAUACAAAUUCCUGGGGAAACGAUCCACAUCCCAGUGACAAAUCCUUAUCUGCAAACAUUGAGUGGAUUCGUAUUUAUAGAAAUGAAUGUGCUCAUUCUACAGCCACUGCUCUGUCAAACACGGAAUUUACCUUAAUCUGGUCAAAAAUCAAAGAUAUAGUCAUUGAACUUGACGGGUACCUUAAUAAUUCUAGAAAAUAUGAAUUGGAGGUCGACUUCCUUCGUCACGAAACAAUGGAUCCUACACUCUCAAAAAGCUUUCAUGACCAGUUACAAAAACAAGCGAUCGAAGAUCAGAUGACAAGAGAGAUAGUAGAAAGGCUAGAAAAACAAAUGAAGAAAAAUAUGCAGUCAAUAUCACACAAUGUUAGAGUCUUGCAAGAAAUCGAAAUACAAAAUUGGGAGGUAGAAGACGCGAUGUUCCACGAGAACCACAAUUUCCCCAAUGUGUGGAAGAAAGUUACUUCCAUUCCCUUUACAGUGCUUACUGGUAUACCCGGUUCCGGAAAGUCGGCGACAGCUCGACACAUAGCACUAAAACUUCAGAGGAGGGGAUAUGAGCUUGUCCCUGUGACAGAGAUUAGAGAAAUAUAUGUGUAUUACAACGUUCAAAAGGCACAGGUAUUUGUCGUGGAUGAUGUAGUAGGGAUCUUUGGAAUGCAAAAGAACAAAUUUCACGAAUUGAUAGAUUAUGAAAAAAUAAUUAAAAAUCCUCACAAUUCUAAAACUAUGGUGCUAACCACUUGCAGACUAUCCGUGUUCAAUGAGUUACUCUGUAUGAAGUCUUUCAUUACAACAGACAGCAAUGUCAUCAAUCUGGACGAUGAGGAGAAUUCAUUAACAGCAGACGAUAAAAUAAAGAUGCUCAUCAAACAUAACAUAACUCCAUUUCCGACUGAAGCUCUUUCGAAAACGUCGCCUAUGUUUCCCUUUCUUUGUAAGCUAUAUUCAACAGACAACAGAAUACAGCAAUUGGGAAUCUCCUUUUUUAAAAGGCCACUAAAGUGUCUUUUUUCUGAAAUAGAAAAAAUGAAGCUUCACAACGGUUUGCAGUAUUGUGCACUUGUUCUGUGCAUGCUUUGCAAUAACAGACUGUCUCGACAAAUACUAGAUAAUGCACAGACUUUACCACAGUCUAGCAGAAAAAUAAUCUUUAAGAACUGUGACAUUGCCGUAAGUACGGACCAUGAUCAAAUUGAAAAAGCUCUUCGUCGAAUGGAGGGAACAUAUACAACGAAAUCAACUGAUUAUUUCAAAUUCAUCCACUACUCCAUCUUUGAAGUAGUUGCAUAUAGCUAUGGAAAAUCUUUUCCAGAACAUAUACUGCAAUUCUUGUCAUGUGGAUACUUAAUGGCAAAAGUAGCUAUUUGUCCAGGGAAACCUAAACAGCCAAAUCAUCUCCCUGGCAACUUCAAAGGUACGGAACAAGCUUGCAAAUUAUGUAUGAAGGAAAAUGAAAUAGGAACAAAGGAGACACUCGAUAAAGAGUGGCGCGUUCUUCUACAUUCUGAUAUGAUACCUGCUCUGGCGAAAAGGUUCUAUAAAGAAAUCAAAAGUCUUGAACUUUACGAUGUUUUCUCUUGUAAGACACUGAAAAAUGCACAGGUUGCGGAAGCGUUUACUACUUUACUGCAGCAAAAAACAUAUCAAGAAAUAAAAAGUGUCUUUCUAGCAAAGCAAACUGAUUUAGGUAAAUUACUGAGUCCGCGAGAAAUUUCUUUCCAAGACAAACAGGAAUUCGUGUAGGAAGUUUCACCGGUGCAAGACUUUUGAAUGAUGAACGUAUUGUAAAAUUCAAUACAUUGCCGGAUAUU